CCUUCCCCCUUCUGUCAACAUGAGGAGCUUGGUUAUCUUGUUGGCUGUGGUUGCGGCGGCCGCGGCGGCGACAGUGCAGAAGCGGGAGGCCAAACCCGGCGGCGGUGGACACGGGAUAGGGCAUGGCAUCGGACUCGGGUUCGGACAUGGAGGAUUUGGACACGGCAUUGGUCACGGUGUAGGACACGGCAUUGGUCACGGUGUAGGACACGGCAUUGGCCACGGUCUUGGACACGGAAUUGGCCACGGUUUAGGUCACGGCUUUGGUCAUGGAUUCGGUCACGGCAUUGGCCAUGGAUUCGGACACGGUCAUGGACAUGGUGUUGUCAUCAGCCACGGGCAUGGACACGGCCACGGGCAUGGACAUGGACACGGCCACGGGCAUGGACAUGGCAUCGUCGAAGUCGUAAGCCACGGAACCGGACAUGGAGGAUAUGGGCACGGCGGGCAUGGGGCUGUGUUCGGAUUCCACACCGCCGUUGAACACCCUGGCUAUGGCCACGCCCGCUCAUACCAACACCAGCAUGGUAUAGUUGCGCCCUACCACGGCUACCACUGAGCCAUCGAAACCACUCAUCCUUAUUUAUAACAGUUCAAAUGUUUUUUUCUUAGAGAUAUUUAAUAUUUGUAUACUCCUACCCUGCA